AUGAAACUAACACUGAGCAUGUAUCGCCCUCAUUGCCUCCUCCUAAUCCUAACCACCUUGUUUUAUCUUUCAAUUGCUGCCACCGCGUAUGGAGUAGGAGGAGGAAGAGAAGAGCACCAUUACCCUCCCGGGUACCAACCUCUGAGGGGUGGGUAUUACCCCAUUGAAAACUUAAACAACCCACAUUUGAGGGAAAUUAUGGAUUUCGCCGUCUCCGAGUACAACAAGAUUCAUGACAAAAAACUGGUGUUCCAAAAGUUGGUUCGGGGAGAGUCUCAAAUAAUAGCGGGAAUAUGCUACAAGCUUUUCAUUGAGGUUGUGGAUUCUUCUUGA